AUGUCCGUCCAAGGCGUUGAACUUCAGAAGCAGCGGUACGCAGAGGAACUCCGCCGCCACACUCUUCGGCAGUGGACUCUUGCCCGCGAGUCGCUUGAGCAAGCACAGGGCAGGAGUUCGGGUGCAGGCUCUCCCAAGUCGCCUUCUCCAGAAUCUUCACCAAAACGGUCUGGUUCGCGUACGCAUUCGUCCACUGGUGGCUCAGGACAUGCUCAGCCCUUCCAGCGCAUCAAAGGAUGGUUUCAGUAA